CAGAACCCUAGCCUCAAGAUAACAAUGUCAAUAACUUUCUCUAGACUUCUACAGUUCUACAGUUCUACAGUUCCAUAGGUAUACAAAUGUAAAUAAACCUCUUAAGCUCACAUUUAAGUAAACUACCUCUUCUAUCAUACUAGAAGACGUUUGGGACUGUUUCUUGGAUUACUUGGGAAGGCAAAAACAUUAAUAUUUCUUUAAAAAUUUACGGUAUUGUGGCAGUUUUUUUUGGUAAUUUCUAGUGAAUUUUUAUACCGAUAAAAAUAUGUUUUAUCUAGAUAAACAGAUAACCUUUUUUUACGAAUUAUCGGAGAUAAUUAUCGGUAAAGAUUAUCGGAGUGGAUAGCCUAGUUUCUAGGAUAUGACUGAUCUUUUAAAAGGAACACCGGAUGGUGUUGGAAUCAUUCCACAGGACGAGGAGGUACCGUUAGGAUGAAAUACUACAGCUGAGCAGUGAAAGUGACUUGCAAACUAGCACUUAUCUACGAUCUAUCGAACAAGACACCCUAAUCACGAGCAUCUGAACGGAUUAACAUAUUUGCAGCGUUCAUGUAAGUUUAUAAACACAAAACAAGUUGCGUUAUAUCCCUGAUAUUCUGCUUUGAUUUUGACAUUCUGUAGAAUCAUUGAAAUUAUCUGUUUUUGAAAAUUCUUUAAUCAUUUAAAUUACUGAUCCAACUAAGUUGAAUGCUUGAAGGUUUCUUCUUUUGAAGGAGUGUUAUAGAUGGAGGCAUUGAAGUGGAAGAGUAAGAACAUCGGGUAGAAAGAUAUGGAGAGGAAGAAUUGAAGGAAGAACUGAAGUUGACUUGGUGGACGAUAUUGAUCUUUUGGAGCUAGUUUAAUCGCUCUAAGAAGUUAUGUUUACAUUAGAUAAGACGUGUGAGACGGCAGGACUAAUGUUGGUUUAAGGGACUGAAGUUGUCAUAUAUAAUGGUCAUACAGAGGGGGGCUACAGAGUUAUUUGCCCUGGUAUAUCAAUGAGAAUCGAGAAUUCAGACAAUCUUUGCAGUUUUAUUACCAUUCGUUAAGUGAUGUUAAGUGCAUCUACUUGUGCAGAGUUUCUUCAGGAUAAAAGUUUAAGUUAGGUUAAAAAAUAUGAGGAAUAGGCCGCGCAACAGUACUUUCCAUUUCAAGAGUGUUAGUAAUAGAUGGUCCUAUACUGGUGCUAAGCGUAGCACUAAUUCUCUUGGGGAAGACUUUGGAGUUUUCACGUUCUUCGAGAUGCGUAGCUCCAUCUGGAAAGUUCUUUAGUUUUUAGGCCUUUAAAACCAUCAUAAAGGCGUGAAUCACACCGUUCAAUUUUAUCAACAAUCUAUCGUAGGCAAAAACUGAAACGCAGCAAAGGUUAUUGUAAAAGUUUGUGGGUGAUGUUGAUUGUUGAUGAAUGUAUUCGUGUUGACGUAUUUAUAAAACUAACAUCUUCAAUCUUCAUCAUCUUCUUUUUAUACUUCUUUCUAUGUCGCUUUCCAUAAUAUGACUUCUUUUUUGUCAGCACACGAUAUGUCCUUCAAUAUGCCCCAAGAAUUGAUUGAUCUUAUGAAAAGACACCCAAAAUCAACAAUAAUGAUUUUGGGUGGUAACGUUCGGUGUAAAAUAUGUAGUAAUCCUAGUUGUUUUGUAGCUGAAUACACGUCUUCUUUUGACCAGAUGAGUUUGACCAUUAAUACCUUAUUUAUCAGAGAAGAAAAAAUGAAAUCAAUGUUAAAAUCUAAAAACAUUUUCUGUGUGUUUCACUGUCACAAUUAUCCAAAGUUUAUGUCUCAUGACCACUAGUAAGUUCUCAGAUAAGACGCGGCUUUUUGUCCUUGAGUCUGAGGAGGCAGUAGGAUCUAUUCAGUGUUGAGGUUAUGUCCUGUACCAGGUAAAUAAACGCUGAAAGUUAUUAAUCAAAGCUAAGGUUAACCACUCUUUAAAUAUUCAGUAGGAAAUGUCUAGAGAAGGGACGAAGAGGGAAGGAAGUGAGGGAGGGGGCUCCCGGAAUAAAGAUCAGAUGAGAGAAGGUGACUGGCUGUGUGGGGAGUGCUCUUCUCACAACUACAACGCGCGCAUCACGUGCUAUAGGUGCACUCUUCCCAAGGAGAAGUCCGAACUGAUGCUCAAGGGGAAGUCUGCUCUUGAUUGGGAGUGUUUUCCGUGUAAGAUGACAAACUUUGGUUGGAGGCAGGAGUGCUUCAAGUGUCACAUCACCCGCCAAGGGUCAGAGGACCUGAAAGCAAGACAGGUGGGUGUGGAAUGGUUCUGCAGAUUCUGCAACUUAAAGAAUUUCCCCAACCGUAACGACUGCUUUAAAUGUAAGAGAACCCGGGAGUUUUGCGAUACCAGAAGGAGGUCCCGUUCUCCACCUAGAGGUAUGCGUCGUAGCUUCUCUCCGGGCAGAAGGAGUCCACCCAGAAUGAGAGGGCCCUCGCCGCCCCGCAGGCCCAUGUCCCCUCCUCGUAGGGGUAGAUCUCCGCCUCCUCGCCGACGUUCUAGAUCUCCAAUCCGUCGUAAGGCACCCUCUCCUCCUCCACCUCAGCCGAGGAGAAUGUCCCCUCCUCCAUCGCAAGAUGCUGAAUGGAAGUGCAACCUUUGUGCUACUUUCAACGGUUUAAGGAGAAAAGACUGUUACAAGUGCACUACUCCUAAACCAAACGCUGGACCAAAGCCAGGACCUUCGCUGCUUGGGCAGGUGUUCGGGGAUGAGAGUGGUGGUAGUUCCUGGGAUUGUCCAGAUUGCCACAUCAAGAACUAUAGCUUCAGAACCGAGUGUUUCAAGUGCAAGACUCCUAAGCCUGACGAGUUAAACAAGCCUAAUCCAAGAGCCAAUUUUAAUAACCGUCCCAGUAACAAGGGUCCCUCGAACAAGAGCCUCCUCUCAACUCCAGUCUCCAGACCGGAUGAUUACUACGAACCAGAGAGUCCACCCCAACGUAUAGACACUUCCAGCGCCCGGCAGCAGCAUGGGCCUGAUUGGUCCUGUCGGUUCUGUAAUGUUGAUAUUUUCCCUACUCGCAAUGACUGCUACAAGUGUGGCCGGACACGGGAUGAAUGUGAUUCUGGUGGGGCUGAUGAUCUGUUCAACUCUUACAACCAAAAUAAAAGAGCCUCCACAAAUGCACCUCUGAUCGCAGAUCGUCCUAAGCCAGUCCAAUCAGAUGGCUACACCUGUGGUUGUGGCACCUUCAACAGAUGUGACGAGACAUCGUGCAACUGGUGCGGUAAACUCAACCCUGGUCGUGCGGCACCACCUGCUAGAAGCCAGGUGUCUGGCCCUAAAACUGAGUGGGACUGCAGGGACUGUAGGAUCAACAACUUCCAUUACAGAACCACGUGUUUUAAGUGCAACAAGAGCAGGGAAGAGUGUGAAGAAGUCAGGGCGGCCACUAGAGAUCAUCAAGCAGGGUCUAGUGAGAGGAGGAUGAGUCCCAGGAGGCAGGCUAGAAGAGAGAGAUCUCCUGCGAGAAGAACUCUACUUCCCGACAGACAUGAGCCUCCUCCUCCUCGAAGCAGAUUUAGUCCUCCUCCAUUCAGAGGUGGUCGCUCCAGAUCGCCACCUAUGAGACGAGGUCCCUCUCCACCCAGACGAGGGUUCUCUCCUCCUAGGAGAGGCAGGUCUCCUCCUUUCAGAGGCAGGUCUCCUCCUUUUAGAGGCAGGUCUCCGCAAAGAGGAGGCAGAUCUCCGCAAAGAGGAGGCAGGUCUCCGCCCCGAACAGGUCCGGGCAAGAAUUAUCAGCCGGACUGGGAAUGUAAAGACUGCAAUAUUAAUAACUUUGUGAAGAGAACAAAGUGCUUCAGAUGUGGCAAGGAGAGAACUGAAGUUCAGGUGGUCGUGAAUGCCGAUGGGAAGCCAAUAGGCCCAAACGAUUGGCUGUGUCCUAAAUGUGAUGGUCACAACUUUUCCCGUCGAGAAACUUGCUACAAAUGCAAAACGGACAAACCCGGCAACAAGAGAGAAGAAGAGAAAAAUGAGUCGCCUAGAGAAGAAGACAGCGGAGAUGUAACAGACGAUCUGGUUGAUAUGCACUCAAUCAUGCAGGGUAACAUGGACAGAGUUGAAAUAGACGCCAUGUGAAAUCGGACCCUUAAUAAUUUUUAUUACACAUUUAAAAAGUUUAUUACCCAAUUUUAAUCUUUUUCCGAGUGCUAUACUGGGGGUGAACGUUGAUCCUAGGCUUAACAUCGGACUCACUUUUUAAUUGUUAAAUGUUCAUUAUCCGGUCUGAAUUCAUUUAAGUAAUCUGACUUUGAACUCAAGUUAAAGAAUAUUUAUUGUGUGAUUCUUCUUAAAUAUUUGUUGUACCUAUCA